AUGCUGCUAAGCCACGACUGCGAAUUAAAAAGCGAAACUGCUCCCAUACCCCACAGAACCCGUUUUCAAAAGUACGCUCACCAGUUUCGUAAAAUAUUUAUGGCUUCGACGAAAAACCCGCGGGCGCAUCGCUACCUCAGAAAUCACAGCGCGAUAACCAAUGAAAAGCGCCUCCACUUACGCAACAACACGUGGACCAUUCAUCCCUUCAGUAUAUUUCGAUACUAUGACGAAGCACGAGGACAGGUAGAAAUGACCUGGAGACGGGUAUUAAGGCACUACGGUCAUUCCAGUUCAGUCCCUGACAUCUUGGGAUCAUUCCCCACGGAUUUAGUCUUCUUGGGUCGGUUUCAAAUCAAUGAAGAGCCUCUUGAUGUCCUACAGAAGCUAGCAAGCCUGGUGCACAUCUUCCGUAUCUUUUCGACUUACUCGUAUCUGAUCAAAGUCGCGGAGACCUAUGAUGUCUCUCCAGGAUACUUUGGGAUCUUCUGCUUCAUUCCUCUGCUGAUGGUCAUCCUUCACUGGUUAUCCUGCAUCACGUGGAUAGUCCCUGUGGUGAUGACUUCGAUUUCCGUGGUACGACAGCCAGUUCCUGGAUCCUGGAUCAACCAGAAUGGGCUAUGGGAGCAAACGGGCAAUGAAGCCUACUGGGCGAGUUUGAUAAGAACAGUCACGAUUUUGACGAGAUCUGGAGUGCUGACCAACGAGAUGCAGACCACGGAGGAUCAAUAUGUGGUAAUGAUCCUUCAGUCCUUCAGCAUGUUGGUUCUCUGCUAUAUAGUUAGUCACGCAAUGAGACUCUACAAGGCACGGAACUCUUCCCAGUUGAAGUAUCAAGCGACAGUUGCUCAAUUGCAGAAAUACAUGCGGCAUAAACACCUUUCCCAUUUGGCUCAAAGGCGAUUUCUUACUUACUACGAGUUUCGGUUCCAGAGGAGGUUCUUCAGGGAAUCGGAGAUACUGGGAACUAUUUCAACGCAGAUGCGUCAAGAGAUCAGGAUGCAUGCCUGCAGGAAACUGGUUGAGAACGUGGCUUUCUUCAAUAAUCUACCAGUAGGACUUCUGACCCGGAUCGUGGGUCAGUUGCUCCCGGAAGUGUUUCUCACCAACGAUGUCAUUGUCAGGGCCAAUCAACCAGGCGACUGCAUGUACUUCAUUGCAACGGGCACGGUUGCUAUCUACGGGCUCUCUGGGACUGAAAUUUGUCAUCUAGAAGAUGGUGCUCAUUUUGGGGAGGUUGCUAUGGUCAUGCCCAAUGAACGCCGCGUUGCAACUGUCGUUGCCGUUGAAGUCUGCGAGCUCUACAAACUAGAGAGAAGUGAUUUUAUGAGGACUAUUUAUCCAUAUCCAGUUUUGUGGGAGAGAAUCAAGAAGAUUGCCGUCGAAAGGCAUGAGAAGACUUUGACCAUUGACGCACGUUAG